AUGCCUUCCGAACAGAAAGCUCUCCUUCUUGGCGCGGGAUUUGUCUGUCCCCCGGCUGUACAGGCUCUAUCGGAGGCCGGCGUCCACGUCACAGUUGCCUCCCGCACCCUCUCUGCCGCCGAGGCAGUCACCGGCGGACGCAGUAACACAUCGGCGAUAUCGCUGGAUAUUGCCGACAGCGAUGCGUUGAAUACGGCUGUCGCCAACGCUGACAUUGUGAUUUCUCUCGUCCCAUUCACGCUCCAUGCUGCGGUGGUCAAGACCGCAAUCAAGCAUACCAAACCGGUCGUGACGACGAGCUACAUCUCCCCAGCUCUGUGGGGGCUCAACGAGGAGGCCAAAGCGGCUGGCAUCACUGUUCUGAAUGAAAUCGGUCUCGACCCGGGCAUCGACCACCUCUAUGCCGUGAAAACAAUCGACGAGGUCCAUCGUGCGGGUGGAAAAAUCACCUCGUUCACGAGCUACUGUGGCGCGUUGCCGGCGCCUAAUGAUGCGAAUAACCCGCUGGGCUACAAGUUCUCGUGGAGUCCGCGUGGAGGGCUGCUUGCGCUUCUGAAUUCGGCGCAAUGGUAUGAGAAUGGCAAGAUUGCGGAAGUCAAGGGCGAGGAUCUCAUGGCUAGCGCCAAACCAAACGAUAAUUUUUCUCAGUUUGAUCUGGUUGGGUAUCCGAAUCGCGACUCGAUUGGGUUUAAAGAGUUUUACAAAAUCCCUGAGGCCGAGACUGUGUUUCGUGGGACAUUGAGAUACAAGGGAUUUCCGGAGAUUAUUCGCACAUUGGUGGCGAUCGGGUAUUUUUCGCAGGAGAAACUGGCUGUUCUUGACGGAGAGAAGGAUGGCUCAUUGACUUGGGCGCAGCUUACGGCAGAACUUUUUGCUUUGCCAGAUGCAAGUGAAGCUGAUCUUGAGGGUGCUGCGCUGGAGAAGGCACCCUUCCUAUCCAAAGAGGAAGGCGAACGCGUUAUUUCUGGGCUUAGAUGGAUUGGAUUGUUCAGUGGAGACCAGGUUGAGGCUCGUGGCACUCCAAUCGAUACACUCUGUGCCGUGCUUGAGAAGAAGAUGGCGUAUGGUCCCGGUGAGCGGGAUAUGAUCGCUCUGCAGCACCGAUUCGAGGUCCUACGUGCAGACGGAGCUAGGGAGACGCGGUCAAGCACCCUUAUUGAGUACGGCGAGCCGAUCGGGCCUGGUUCGCGAAGUGCGAUGGCUAAGUUGGUCGGAUUGCCCUGUGCAGUUGGGACUUUGGCCAUUCUUCGGGGGCAGAUCAAGGAAAAGGGCAUGGUCGCUCCUUGGACGAGCGCAGAAAUUGCGACUCUACUGAGAGAUGAGCUGAAAAAGAAGUACAAGAUUCAGCUCAACGAGCGAUUCGCUAUUGAGUUGGAGGAGGCAUAG